UUUCCGUAGGCUUUCUGUCCGAGUUAAUGGAAUUCGACUGUAUGUGUUCAAAAAUUCAUACAAUUUAUUCUUUUGUGAAAUUUUAAGGAAACAGACCAAUAAUAAAGCUAUGGAAAAUUUAUUAUCACUUAUUGCGGUUAAUAGCUUCGCAAGAAAUUUGGGUUGCGUAGCUAUAGAUUGGAAUAUAUAUAGUAUUUUAUCGAUGAUAACAGUAACCGUAUUAACAUUAUUAUAUCAACUGUUCAAAUUUGCCACCUGAUGAAUGUUAAUUAUCAAUGUAGAUAGUUAUCCAAUAAAAGGAGUGCAUAACUAAAGAUAAGAGGUAAAACUGAUUUAUUGUGAAAGUUCAACUUCAGUUGAAUUGUAGUUCACAAAAAUCUAGAGUAUUUUAAGAAUUACGAGAUUAAAAAUAUAGUAAGUAUGUUAAUUACUAGUUUUGAAAAAAAAACGUGCAAGAUUUUAUAAAAGUUAUAAAUAAUUUAUAUAGUACGAUGGAUUCGUGUUCGAUUCAAGACUGUCUAUCUCCAAUCUGUGGACCGUCACUGUUAGUAUUUACUCAAUUGAUCCAGACAUUUAUAGCACCGCAAUGCAGUUUUAGUAAAACAGACGAUUAUCCUCCGGAUCGAUCAUGUGAGAUUGUGAAAAAAAUUAACGAUUCAUUUGAUUUUAUAAUUGUCGGGGGUGGAUCAGCUGGAUCAGUAUUAGCAUCACGAUUAUCAGAGCAGCCUGAUUGGAAAGUGCUACUAAUCGAAGCUGGAACAUAUCCUUCAGCAAAGAGUAAUGUGCCGGCUAGAUUUUUUGAACUAUGGGGAACUGCAGAAGACUAUUUCUAUCCGAAGGAACCACAGGACAAUUUUUGCUUAGGAAUGGUGAACAAACGUUGUCCAUGGUCGGGAGGAAAAGCAUUGGGUGGAAGCUCUGUAAUCAAUGGUUUGGUAUAUAUUUAUGGAAAUAAAGGCGAUUUCGAUUCUUGGGCUGCGGAAGGUAAUGAGGGCUGGGGCUACGAAGAUGUUCUUCCUUAUUUUAAGAAAUCCAAUAAUUAUCCACGGGAAACAAUCGAAAAGUACGGUGACAAGUAUUUAGGAAGUGAUGGGCCCUUGAGUGUUCGAUUAUGCAAUGACACAAGUUCGACAUUUCAAGAAAUUGUGACAAAAGCUGCGAUGGAAAUAGGCGUACCGAAAUUGGAUAUUAUUAAUACAGAUCGCUUUAUUGGAUUUGGAAGAGCACACAUCACUGCAGAAAACGGACACCGAGUUAAUGCAGCAAAAGCUUAUUUAUCUCCCAUUAGAAAUAGAGAAAAUCUUUAUGUUAUGACUUCUACGAGAGCUGAUCAAGUUAUAAUUAAUGACAACCGAGCUACGGGAGUACGGGUUACACUGAAAAACGGUAGAACUAUGGAAUUGAAAGCUUCAAAAGAAGUUAUUUUAUCUGCGGGGACCAUGGGAUCUUCGAAGUUGUUAAUGUUGUCCGGGAUUGGGCCUAAGGAAGAUCUAGAAAAAUUUGAGAUUGAAUGUUUGGCUGAUUUACCGGUCGGAAAAUAUCUUAAGGAUCACGUACUUUGGCAUGGUAUUUUUCUGGGAUUUUCAAAACAACCAGAUUUACAUAAACCUCUCGAUUCACAGAACAGUGCGUACGAUUAUCCAAAUCAUUACGAAGGUGCAUUAGCUGGAAUUGGUGGAUUAGACCAUACCGGUUUUAUUAAUGUCAAAGACCCUACUGCAAAUUAUCCGGAUAUCCAAUUUUUAAGUUUUUACAUACCACAAGGUGAUAGAUCUACGAUGGCUCAGAUGUUAGAUACUUUUGGUCUCUCACCAGAAAUGAGAGACAGCAUUGUAAACUCAACAAUGAUUAACAAUAAUUUAGUUAUAUCUCCAUUUUUGUUGAAACCAAAAAGCACUGGAGAAGUAAAAUUACGCAGCAAGUCACCCGCUGAUGGAGUUAAAAUUUUUCAAAAUUAUUUAACCGAUGAACGAGACACUGAAACGUUACUAAAGUCAGUAGAUUUUGUUAAAAACCUUCUGAAUACCGAAGCUUUUAAGAGUUUUGGAAUGAAAAUACGAAACAUUACGAUACCCGGAUGCGAUAAUUUUGAAUUCGACAGUCGGGGGUAUUGGGAAUGUUUUAUCAGACAUACUGGUCAUUCUGGUUAUCACUCAGUUGGGACAGUACGCAUGGGAACCCCCGAUAAUCCUAAGACCGUGGUCGACUUCAACUUAAAAGUUUUGGGAAUCGAUCAUCUUCGAGUUAUAGACGCUUCGAUUAUGCCAGAUGUCACCAGUGGUAAUACCAACGCUCCAUCAAUAAUGAUCGGAGAAAAAGGUGCAGAUAUUAUUAAAAAAUAUUGGCUUCACGAAAUUUAGUUAUGAUUCUUUGAAAACGUGUCUCUAAAAGCUUGUGAUACAAAUUCAUUUUAUUUAUAAUAUCUUUUAUUGUUCAAAUGAUAUAUUAUUUUUGA